AUGAAUUAAACAUAGAAAUUAUAGAAAUUGGCAUAUUACCCAAAUUUACUUGUAAGAAAGUCUAUAAAUAUGGAUAGGGUUAAUCAGAGAGAAUUAUCUAACAAAAUAUAGAUAGCAAAAAAGGUUUGGAAGAAUAUCUAGGUAUUUUAUAAGAAAGAGCCCAUAUUGAAGAUCAAUAUGCAAAAGCAUUAUAUAGAUUAUCAUAACAAAUUGAAAAAUCAAGGUAUUUAAAUUUAAUGAUUAAUUUUAUAGUUUAAGUUAUUUGAAGGGUUAAUUAGCAGAUUAGUUAAGAUAAAAAAUUGAAAGGUUGGAGAAUUUUGUAGAUUUGAUAAGAUCAGAGAUAAUUGAUUAAGUUAAAGAAAUCUUAUAGGAUUAAAAUCAUAUAUCUAAACGGAUUAUUGAUGAGAUAAAAGGUCUUGAAUGGGAUUUAUAGGACAAAUAAGAUGAUUUAAUGGGAGGAAAAUUAGAUUAUAAAUUAACAGCAAAAGAGUUAGAGUAAUCUGGGAUUUAAGAUAUGAUAUAUCAAUAUAGUAAAGAUAUUUCAGAAGACAAAGCUAUAAAACAAGUUGUUAGGUACAAAUAAAUUAAUAUUACAGAACUUGCUAAAUUUAAUCAGAAUGCAUAAAAUUAGAAAAAGAAUUUGAGAUUAUUGUGGUUUCUUAUAAUGAAUUUAUUGAUGUAUAUAAAACAAAAAUGGAGAGUUAUUUGUCAUAAAUGGAAUAAUAAGAAUAAUAAAAGUUAUUAGUCCAAAAAGAUACUUUAAUGAAGCUUUUUUUGUUUGAGUCUUCAAUCUUCAAAUAGUCGUUAUAAGAUAUUGAUAAAUUAAAUGAUUAAAUAAGAAAAACUAACCUUUAAGAUGUCAUAGAAAAUUUUAUUAUGAAAAAUCAAAGACCUUAAGAAGCACCUCGAUAACUUGAAUUUCGACCUUAUUGUUCUUUUUUAACAAAGUCAAUUGAAAUUAUGAGAAAUUAAGAGUAUAAAAAAUUAAUGGAUAUUAUCAAAGCACACAGUGAUACAUUUUACAAUAUUUAUGAUGAUUGUGUGAAUAGAAAUGUAAUAUUAUACUCUAUUGAUAGAAUUUAUAAACUAUAGAAGAAUAAGAAUUGACAAAUUUGAUUAAUCGUAACAGUAUUUAAGCUCUUUAUAAGAUUAUGUAAAUACAUAUUAAUUGUGUUUGGAAUGCAAAUGAAAUAUAAAAUAAUGAAACUAUCAUAGAAUUACUUAGAUAGAAUUCAUUAAAUAGAUUACUCUGGUGUUAAGCUUUAGAAAUAUAGGCAAAUAAAAAUAAUUACAAGGUUCUAUCUAAUGACGCUUAUGAUCAAUUAGUUAAAUGGAGUUAAAAAAUUAUAUAAUUAGUAAAUUAAUUUUUCUAUAUAGAGUGUUCAGAAUAUUUGGAUCCUUCACCUUUGAGAAAACUCAUAACAAUUAGUUCCAUUAUUCAUAUAUCUGUUUAAAAUAAAAAACAUUUUUUAAUGUACAAUAUAAAAGAAAGCAAAGUCUUAUAAGCUGCUGAUUUUAUUGAAGCAGCUAUUGUUUAAUCGAUUUAUGAGGCUUUAAUUGAAGAAACUAAGGAAGAUUCAACAUAAGAAGAUAGAAUCAGAAGGUAACUUUUAAAUCUUAUGCUAGAUAAAAAAUAAAUAUCUUGACUCAAUUAUCAAAAGUAUGUUUCACUUUAUUAUAAUUCAAUCCUGUUAAUGUAAUUAAAUCACAUGCAGAGAACUAUUUAAGAUAUCUAAAUGUAGCUCGUGAUGCUACUGAUAAUUUAUUAUUUUAGAUUGAGAGUUUUGAGUAAUUUUGA